AUGAACAUCACAGAUAUCUUCGGACCCCCGCCGCCUGGGAUCAAUCUCGAUGAUAACAGAUCCUCGCGUGAUAACUCUGUGGUUGUGACGAUAUGUAUCCUUGCAGUUCUUACUGUCGUGGCCCGGUUUUUGGUGAGGAAAUAUGUCCAGGGAGCGAGGCUGGCAGCCGAUGACUGGCUGAUUGGGGCAUCCACAAUUCUAUUGAUUGCAUUGCUCACGAUGUCUGUCUUUGGCAUUAAUAUAACUAUUGAAUCAGGUAGUUUCUAUGGUUUCGGCAAACAUGUAUGGUGUACAACGCUAGAAGCUAUGCUCAUCAUGAGAAAGACGCUUUUCGCUUAUCUCCUAAUAUACCUCGUCGAGCUACUACUCAUCAAAUUGUCGAUUCUCAUGUUCUACCGCCGAAUCUUCGGCAUGAACUGGAUGAUCUGGACAACACUCUUUAUUUCCUGUGGCUGGGCCAUAGGAAGCUUCGUCGCAGCUCUAUGCGCCUCUCAUCCAAUCUCCUACUUCUGGACCGAGACUGUCGAUCCCGCAUCCGGCCGGUAUCGAUAUAACUUCUACUACUAUUAUCUUGGAAACGCAACCGCCAAUGUUGUGACGGAUGUCUUGAUCCUGCUUGUUCCCAUACAUACGGUCUGGAAACUUCAGAUGCGUACAUCACAAAAGAUUGGGGUGUGCGGUGUGCUCUUGUUGGGUGGUUUUGUCUGCAUUGCAAGCGGAAUUCGAAUCCACUACAUCACCUUCCUCAAGGAUAACGUAGACAUAACAUGGGCAUUGAGCGACGUUUCUGUCUGGUCAACCGUCGAGCCAUGCAUCGGAAUCAUCUGCGCCUGUCUCCCAGUCCUACAACCAUUCAUACGCGCCGCAGUCAAGAGACUACCGAAGUUGCCGGGCAGUCCUGUUCAGAUGCGUCGAUUCACCUCUCAUGUACGAGAAAGAACCUCUUUCCACACUCGCUAUAGCAGCAAGCACGAGAUGUGGCAUGGCGAAGCCCAGGGAACCCGAACAAGCCCCACACCAUUCUUCCACUCGGACCAAGAUUCCCAAACGCAACUCAAAAUGGUCAGAACUCGGGUUGAGAUAGAGAACGAUCCGGCAGAAAAGAAUGAUCUUGAGGAUGGUAUGGAUCCCAUGGCUAUUCGAGUCAAGCGGGUUGUUCACUGGACUGUCGACUAG